CCUACGCAGCCCCGGCAAUCACCCGCCAAUUCCACCACCUAAAACGAUGGCUCAAACAACCACCAUUUUAUCCCUAACCGCCACACCCAAGCCAAUUCCCGCCAAACACACAGUCCGGAGCAACCUUAUCCUGCGCACCCUCUGCACUAUCCCACGCACUCAUCCCCUUCUAUUUUGUGCAAAUGCCAUCUCAGCAAAGCCUUUGCGAGCAAACCCACCUCAGAAAUACAUCUACCCUGACCCCAACCCAGAAUUUGCUGAAGCUGAGACGAAAAAGUUCAGAGAGGAGCUGGUGAAGAAGCUAUCAAAAGAAAAGGAGACUUAUGGGGGUGAGCUUGAUGCUGUGGUAAAUGUCUGUACAGAUUAUGUUAGUAAAAUGCAGGCUAAUUUGAUUAUGUCCCUGUGUCAUGGGGCCGGCAACGUUCCUCAUAUGCUGCUGAGGUUGCCACGUGGUUCGGCGUCAAAGGUGAUGAUCUUGGACGGGCAUGCUCGGCGGUGUCGACGGGGUCAAGAUUUGGAUUUCUGCCGAUAAAUUCAUUUUUUUUUCGAAUUCUUCAAAUUCGUCAUAAAUAAUCCUCAGGUCAACUCAUUGUGCCUCUAGCCCUAUACUUAACUGUACUACCAAUAAAAACGCAAAAUCAAGGCGUGCAGCUGAGAUUCCAGCAGAGUUUAUCUUAGCUGUGCUCAUAUAGUAGUAAUUGUUUGGCUGUGCUCAUUAUUGUAGCCCUGAACUAUGUUAUAUGUUCCAAACCACUUGACUUAUUCUGUUUCAAUUAAUGUGAUUG